AUGGUCGCGCUGCCGCAAGGGCUUAUACCUGCACCGCGGCUGAAGCCUGCGAUCCGCCUGGCUCAGGCCGUUUCCGAGUACGAAGCAGACCUGACUGGUGACCAAAAAGCACAGUUCAACCAUCAUCGAGCUCGGGCGAGCCAGAAGCCUCCUUCUAUUCAAGAUGUUAUGCAACUUACUGCAGAAAUUGACGAGCAGCUGUCUACCAAGUUCCGUGGUCGCUGCCUGGGGACUCGGACCACCAAUUUCCUCCAGUCCGUGCAGCAGUUCGCUGCGCUCGGGGAUACAUUGGUCGGAGGUUCGCAGAACCUGGUCGCAAGUGGAGUCUGGGCCCUUGUGAGAACCUCGCUGAUGCUAAUCUUGCAAUUCUCCACCUAUUUUGAGAAGGUGUCCAGCCUUUUCAUGGUGAUUGGCCGCUCAGCACCGCGCUAUGAAAAGCUGGCCUUGCUAUACCCUCGCUCUAAAGAUUUGCAGUCUUUCCUGUUUGAGUACUUCGGUGUCGUCGUUCGCCUUUGCCAUCAGAUGUUGCGAUUCACCCAAAAAUCAACCAUCGGAAAAAUUGGGGCAACGCUCAAUGAUGCAGAUCUGAUCAGUUUCCAGUCCCAGCUGGAAUCCUGGGCCAAGGAGAUCAGAGAUGAAGCUAAUUAUCUCAUGGCCCAAAGGAUCGAGGAACAAGCAAGCCUUGUAACUCAGAUCUGGUCAAGAAAACCCUCGAAAGAAGUUACCCACCAGCGCCAGAUGAAAGCUUAUCUGAAUGCAUUGGAUUUUUGUUCAAGCUACGACUACAUGUCUACGUGGAAACAGCUAAGAAAAGCAGGAAGCACCACCCUUUUCCGACAAUUUUCUCCUUACGUUGAAUGGAGGUCGCGGGUUCAUUCUUCCUCACUCAUAUUGACAGGACGGCUAGGAUUCGGCAAAUCCGUACUCCUUGCUAACAUCGUGGACGACCUUCACCUUUUCGCCCAAGGGCAGAAUGUGUCAGUUGCAUUCUUCUUCUGUAGACAUGAUAUGCCUGCAAGCCUAAGGCCGCGUACAAUAAUCGGCUCCUUGGCUCGCCAGCUUCUGUGGAGAGCCCCUCGCCUGCAAGAAACAAGUGAAGCGUACAACCUCAACGAUGACCUAGAUGAAUAUGCGAGCAUCAGGCGUCUUCUUGACGGCACUUUGAGCCCAAGCUUUCGGGCCUUCCUAGUGAUCGAUGGUCUGGAUGAAUGUGAAGUUGCCGACCGACAAGUCGUGCUCCAAGAGCUUCGCUGGCUGCAGCAGAAGUUUUCGGUGCUUCUUUGUCAAUCUGUACGCAAAGAGCCUCGCGACCCACAUGGAAUUGACCCUGAAUGGGAAGAGUUAGCCGAUCCGUUGAUUGCUGCCAUCCCCGACAACUCGAGUGACAUUGAGGCAUUUAUAGAAACUGAGCUUGAGGAUCGGAUCAAAUCCGGCAAAUUGACCAUGCGAGACCCCCUUUUAGUUCUCGAAAUCCAAGAUGCACUUCUGAAAGGGUCCCAAGGGAUGUUUCUUUGGGUUGCUCUUCAGAUCGAUAACCUUUGUGCGAUGGGAACAGAUGAGUCGAUCCGUCAGGCUCUUGCAGACUUGCCCCAGACACUCUCUGGGACAUUCUCCCGCAUUCUGCGAAGAGUUGAUGACUCGAGUAUUGCGAAAUCAAACCAAAGGCGAAUCUUAGAAUUGAUUGUCGCUGCUCGAUAUCCCUUGACACUGGAUGAACUCCGAGAGGCCCUUAGUGUCGUACCAGGAGACACUGUCUGGGAUUCUGCCAAACUCAUUAAUGACAUAUUUGCCACACUGGCCUGCUGUGGAAGCCUACUUACCCUUGAUGAAGAGGAGAACACUGUCAGGCUUGUUCAUGGCAGCGUCAGGCAGUUCUUGAUCGGCCCCGAGUCAACGAACGAGUCUAAAUUUACAUUCCACGAGGCGCACAAACGAAUGACCGAUACCAUAGUCACAUAUCUCAACUAUGGAAUUUUCGAGACUCAAGUCUCAACCCGAGUGAUUCCGCAACUGCAAUCUAGUUCAGCACCGGCCGCAAUCAUUCGGUCGAACCUUGCCGUUCCAUCAGCGGCACGAGAGCUCGCCUUAAACCUCUUAAAGCUGAGAAGAACCCCGGGGUUCAAUAUGGGGAAGACUAUGGCUCAGUACCGUCCAAGGCCGGAGACGGUAUCCAAUCACGAUUUCCGGUUCCUUACAUAUGCAAAAUGUAAUUGCUUGUACCAUAUCCUUUGCACCUUACAGACAGCGUCCGAAGCAUCAAACCCCGACGAUCUUCUUCUUCGUCUACUUAAUGGUCCCAUCUUGGACCUGGAAAAGAGUGAUGAAAUUAAUAAACUGCUUCUUCUUGCUGCAGAAAGGGGAAUCGAGCCUAUUGUCACUUUGCUCUUGCAUUCAGGCAAGAUUAACCCGAAUACUGCGGACUCUUCUGGCAGGACUCCUCUCCACCUCGCCGCUUCUUCCGGCCAUGAUGCGAUAGUCAAAAAUUUGGUCGACUCAGAAAAGGUUGAUGCCGGUAUAGCUGACGAAAAGGGACAAAAUGCCCUCCACGUAGCGUCUCUGAACGGCCAUGAUUCCACAGUCCGAUUGCUCCUCGAGUCAGGAGUUGUGAAUAUCAAUGCCACAGAUCAUUUCGAUCAAACACCACUACACCUCGCUCUCCAGCGCUCUUCAAAUAAAUCUACUGCCAAGACCAUUUUGAGCUUCCCAUCUGCGAAACUCGAUCUGCAGGACUCGGAAGGCCAAACCCCUCUUCACCGCGCUAUCGCAUACGGGAAUACAGAAGCCGCAGCCAUUCUCCUCAAGUCCGGAAAAGUGAACUUGAACGCGCAAGACAAAUUGGGCCAAACGCCGCUGCACAUAGCCGCCCUGACCCUCGGUACCGAAUUGGUCGCCAAAGAGUUGAUUGGAUUAGAAUCAACCGAUCCCAACCUCCUGGACUACAACAUGGGAACACCUCUACACCGAGCCGUCAAGUCAGCAAAUAUCCCAGUCAUGAGAAUCCUUCUCGACUCAAAACGCCUUCAUCAGCCGUUUGAGAUACACGGCCAUGGCAUCAAUUCCAAAACACGGACAAUUAUGCAUGUCGCAGCUCAACAUGGCAAUAUUGGAGUGACAAAAACUCUUCUCGAGUACGAAGGCGUCGAUUGUAACGGAACCGAUACAUAUGGCAAAACACCCCUUCAUUAUGCUGCCCGUCGCGGCAAUGCGGGAUUCGUGAAGGUUAUGCUCCAGUCUGACGGCAUCCGCCCUGAUAUACAGGAUAACUAUGGAAGGACGCCGUUGCACGCCGCGGUCAUGCACGAACACAAUUAUAUUGCCGAUCUUCUGAUGGCAUCUGGGAAGAUCAGAGGCGAUGAAGUGGAUGAGGAUGGAUUGACGGCCUUUGAUUAUAAGGCAAUCCUUAAUAACCUGACCUCCGGACCUGGCUCGGCGACAAGUAGGGAAGCCAUCAUUUCAGCUCGGCGGCGGAGAGAACAGGAAGAAUUUGUGGUUAGUCCUUGA